GAUAAAGAAAAAGAUAAGGUAAGUAUAUCACGAUUUUCUGAAAAAUGGAAGAGUGGGUUCAUAUAUCUAUAUAUAAGAUAAAGAUAACUUGAUCAGUCUCAAGAAAAAUGGAAGUGUUGGUAGAGAAAAAAGGUUUUAGAUCAGUGCAAGAGCUGGCAUUGAAUUCUGAAAAUGUGACUCCAGAUGAGUAUAUCUACGAGGAUGGUGUUGAACUUUAUGAUGCUCUUCCUUUUUCAGAAUCAAAUCUUCAUAUUACAGUCGUUGACAUUGCCAACCUCACAUCUCCAUCUACGGCAAUAGCACAGCAGGAGCUUCAGAAACUCCAAUCUGCACUCGACUCUUGUGGCUUCUUCAUGGUAAUAAACCAUGGUAUGACGAGCUUGUUUCUUGACAAAGUGAGGGAAGUUUCAAGGCAAUUCUUUGAACUUCCAAAGGAAGAAAAGCAAAAAUGUGCUAGGGGGCUAGGCACUACUGAUACUGAAGGAUAUGGAAAUGAUAAUUAUUCAGAUCUUAAAAGGAAUGAUUGGGCUGAUAGAGUAUAUCUGAAGGUACAUCCUGAAGAUGAAAGGAAUUUAAAACUUUGGCCACAAAAACUCAAUGAUUUCAGGAAUACUACACAACAAUAUACCGAAUGUGUAUUGCAGUUAUACGAAGUAAUCUUAAGGGCCAUGUCGAAAUUAGUGAAUUUGGAAGAGGACUGUUUCCAAAAGGAAUGUGGAGAGAGAGCUGCAACGUAUAUGAGAAUCAAUUACUACCCUCCAUGUCCUAAGGCUGAUCAUGUUCUAGGCCUGAAGGUACAUUCUGAUCCAUCAACUAUAACUAUUCUGCUGCAAGAUAAAGAGGUUGAAGGCCUCCAAGUCCUCAAAGAUAACAAAUGGUUUAAAGUUCCAAUAGUCCCUGAUACUCUCCUGAUUAAUGUUGGUGAUCAAAUGGAGAUAAUGAGCAAUGGAAUUUUCCAGAGUCCAGUACACAGAGCAGUGGUAGAUUCAGAAAAGGAAAGGCUCACAGUAGUUAUGACAUGUCGCCCAAAUUCAGAGAAAGAGGUCAAACCAAUUGACAAACUAGUGAAUGAGUCAAGGCCAGUAUUAUACAAAACUGUGAAAGAUUAUGCUAUUUUGUAUCCAAAGAUUUCUCCUUACGGAAGACCAAUUGAUCAAUGCAAAAUUUAAUCAAAUGCUUAUCAGAAUUUCUUGAAAUGGUUUGUGGGGAGUUUAGCUUGUUUUAGUGUUGGCUUUAGGUUUGGAGGUUUUGUUUUUAUUCGUGUUGGUGGUACCUUUUGUUGAGUCGUGUUUUUAUUGGUGUUUAUGUUGUAUGGUGUUUGAAUUUUCUCUUGGAUGCUCCUCCUUUGGCGCAAGUUGUUAUGUACUUUUUAUCUUUCCAGUUUUAGUUCGUCGUAUGCAAAGAUUUGAUCAUUAAUAAAUUUAUUGUUAAAAAAA